UACUUCCUUACACUCCCCAAGCCUAUCACCACCCCCCAGCCCCAACCAGGUUGGUGGUAGGACGGACUGUGAGGCAGAUGGCUGGGGUAUUUAUAACCAAGAGUACUUCUUGAGAAAAGUGACUAAGAUGCUAAGAGCAUAUUUAUAGCUGGGUUCUGACGUAAGUGUCAGUGGGGAGGUAGGGCCAGGCCAGGCACAGCAGCAAGAGGGUAGGAAAAGCUGGGAAUUGGGGGCAUCUGACAGCAAGGGUAGAGAAGAAGUGGGGUCAGCGACUCCUGAAGCCACUUCUUGCUGCUUCCCCUGUCUUCUGGCACCAACAGGUAAGCCUUCUGAGACACCACCAGGGGCAGAAACCUCUAGUUUGUAGUUCCAUGGUCCAGACUCCAAAGGGUAGAGAGCUGUCACUCCAGCCCCCACCAACAGAGGGGUUGCUGGGAGCUGGAGGGAGCGCUGGACAGAGGGGCUUGAAUAUGUUCCAGGACCUGGGGAGAUAGACAGCGUGGACUGAGGGUUUCAGUCUCGUUGUUCUUUCUCCCCUCCCACGACAUGGUGCCCUGAGUUUCUAGGAAGAACCUGACUCCCAUCACCUAGCUCCACUGCCACGCAUCAAUGUGAUGAGGUCCAAAACCAAAGGCAGCAGUGAUGUGGGUCCUGAUGACCGCCUCUGCUCUCUGGCAGGGUCGAGAGGAGAAGACAGAGGGCCAGCUUUCUGGCUUUGUGUUGGAGAGGCAGGAAGAGGGUGGGAAGCGCCCAUCUCUCCACUCCCCGAGCAGCCCCUUCCUUAGGAGCCGGUCCUUGCUAAGCCUGCUGCUGUCCAGUGGCACGGCACUGCCACAUGGUGGACACUGGCGGUACUGCGCCCAGUCCCCAAAACACCGCCUCUCUCCCCCAGUUCCCCCAGUGCCUCAUCUAGUAUUCUCUCUUUACAGCCCCCGUGGCUAAAUAGAAGAGAGAUUAUUAAACGUUGUAGUGGCACAUUUCCAAGUCACGCUCACUUCCUCCCAGCUUUUUGAAGAAACUGGAGUAUAAGGAGAAAGACUAGCAUUAGGUCUACCUUCAUGGGUUCAAGGUGGAAGGGCCUGGGUCAGUGAGAAAUGUGCUAAGCAGAGCUGGGAUUGGAAGGAAGUCUGCUGCCCUCACCUUGCUUUGCCCCUAAAAGUCCUUAAACCUCCCAUUGUCCACCCCUGUUACUAGAGGCCCAGCAUCACUUCUAGGAUGCCCCAAACUUACACAGUUCUCACAGUGCCCUGAAAGAGAACCAGCAGUCGGGUGCAGGCCCUCCCAAGGGCCAUGCCCUCUGCCAGCCUUGAUGGACUUUGCUCUGCUGUAAGAUUGCAUCAUCACCACCGCUGCCUUGCUGGGUUUCCUGCGACAUCACAGUAACAUGUCCGCACUGUACUCUGGCCCUCCUCCACACUGUGCUCUAGUCCAACUGGACUCUGGGCGGCCAGCACAGUCAGGGUCAGGAGGUGACUUCUGUGCCCUGUGGCACUGCCACCUUGGCCUGGGCAAGAGGACUUCAUUCUUCCUGCCCCCCACCAACCUCUCACCCCUGUCCCAGCCCCAUUGCUAGGCAUGAAAAACCAGAGUGCUCCUUCCAUCCCAGAGACCCCAGAGAGAGAACCACUAGAACUCACAGCUGCCUCAUGGGAACUGCUGCAGCAGUGGUGGCUGGGUGAGCUAGAAAGACUGGAGGUAUAGGGGCAAAUUGCCCUUCCCCAGUUUGCUCAUAUGGAGUUCCCUCCUCCAAGCCCCAGACCUUGGGGACUGAGCAUGUGAAAUCACCCUCUUUCUUGCAUCAUGCGUGUCCACAUUGCCCCUCUGCCCCCAUACCCAUACCUCAAACUUAGUGACUAGGGCCAGAUGGUGAAACCUGAGCUCUGGGUGGGGGGGGAAACUCCACCCCCUGCAGGGGCCUGAUGGGCAGUACAACUGGCCAAUCCUGGGGCUCAGAGGGUAGGCCUGCCAGCUGACCACUAGGUGAGGGAGCCCCAGGUUGCCUGCUCUAAAGAGGCCCCAGGCAGUGACCAGACAAGAGCUGUGAGGGUCAAACUCCCAGAUGGUGCUAAACACAGCUAUCCAUUGGACCACCCACUUUCUGCCUUCCUGAGUCCUAGGCAAUAGAAGACAGGUGGCUCUACCCUUGGCCAAGGAUAGGUGUGGCACUGGUGUCUGCUGCUGCGGGGCCCUCACUGGCCUCCACACAAUCAGAUCAACAGAAGGAGCGACUGCCACCCGAGGCUCCCGCCCUGACCCAGAGUCCUUCACCAGGAGUAUGGGGAUCCGUGAUGUCCAGCUCUGGCCAGUGCUGCUGUGGGCACUGUUGUGGGCACUACUGUGGGCACAGGGGGCAGGGGCUGUGUGUCCUUCCUGUGGGGGCCCCACACUGGCACCCCAAGCAGAGCGAGCUCUGGUCCUGGAGCUAGCCAAGCAGCAAAUUUUGGAUGGGCUGCACCUGACCAGCCGUCCCAGAAUAAUUCACCCUCUACCCCAGGCAGCGCUGACCAGAGCCCUCCGGAGACUACGGCCAGGAAGUAUGGCUCCAGUGAAUGGGGAGGAAAUCAUCAGCUUUGCUGCCAACACAGAGUCCUCCACUGCAACCUGCAGCUCCAUGCUCACCUUCCACCUGUCUACUCCUCAGUUCCACCACCUGUACUAUGCUCGCCUCUGGCUGCACGUGUUUCCCACCCUUCCUGGCACUCUUUACGUGAAGAUCUUCCACUGGGGCCUGAGAAGGAAGCACCAAGGGUCCCGCACCCUCCUGGCUGAGCACCAAAUGACAACCCCGGGCUGGCACGCCCUGGCUCUGCCUUCUAGUGGCUUGAGGGGUGAGGAGUCUGGGGUCCUGAAACUCCAGCUGGACUGCAGACCCCUAGAAGGCAACAACUCUGCUGCCAGACCACCUCGGCGGCUCCUGGACACAACGGGAGACCAGAGACCCUUCCUGGAGCUUAAGAUCCAGCCCAAUGAGCCUGGAGCAGGCCGGACCAGGAGGAGGACCCCCACCUGUGAGCCUGAGACCCCCUUAUGUUGUAGGCGAGACCAUUAUGUAGACUUCCAGGAGCUGGGAUGGCGGGACUGGAUCCUGCAGCCUGAGGGGUACCAGCUAAAUUACUGUAGUGGGCAGUGUCCCCCUCACCUGGCUGGCAGCCCAGGCAUUGCUGCCUCCUUCCAUUCUGCUGUCUUCAACCUCCUCAAGGCCAACAACCCUUGGCCCUUGGGUACCUCUUGCUGUGUGCCUACUGCCCGAAGGCCUCUCUCUAUCCUCUAUCUUGACCGUGAUGGUAAUGUGGUCAAGACAGAUGUGCCAGACAUGGUGGUAGAGGCCUGUGGCUGCAGCUAGCGAGAGGACCUGAGGGUCUGGAGUA